AUGCCAGGAUCGCCCAUUGACGCAAACCAAUCGUUCAAGACGGAGGUCAUGGACGACCGACCAGCUAUCACAGUGAUUCCGUCAUCGCUGACACCGCCGCCGUCCACGCAGGUCGCGGCCAGCAACGGUGCCUCGAGACGCACCUAUUCCAACUCUCAGCAGUCCGCCCUCUUCUCACCACCCGCCACCAUACUCAACACGAUGCGUGAGCGAGACAUUGAAUCCGACUACACACCGCCGGCACCUCACCGAGUGCUCGAGGCAUCGGCCGAUGAGCUGCGCGCCAUGCUGCAGACUUGCAUCGCCGAGAACCAGAAGCUUAAGAUGGAGGCAGCACACCACAAGCUGCAGUAUAAUCUGCUGAGCCUGCAGGCAGACGAAGAGUCCAAGCGCGCCGCGGUGGAGCACGACAUGGUGCGCCGCGAAGUAGACGCCUUGCGGAUGGCGGAGCAUUCCCGACAGGCCAAGCGCGAGCUGAGCACGGUGUCCGAGUCAAUACAGAACAAAUACUUGCAGAUGAAGAUGUGGUACGAAUCAGCAAUGGAGGAGAACGAGGCGCUCAGCCGCAGGGUCAAGCUGGCCAAGAAGGUGAUCCAGCAGAAGGAGGAAGAGACCAUGACACUGGCAGAGGAGCGCGAGAUGCUACUGAACCGCAUCCGCGAGAACCGGGAGCACUUUCACAUGCUGUGCAGCCCGGGCGGCAUCUUUCACAACGCCCUGACGCCCAAGCAGACGGAUGGACGGGAACACGGGCUGUCGGCUCUGCUGGAAGCCAUGAGCCAGAGUCAAUCUCAAGAAAACAACGCGGCUACCAUGGCUGCUACCAACAACAACAGCGCGCCGUCAACGCCAAUGGUGAUGGCUCGACCUGCCUCUCGACUGGUUAGGCGGCACCAGCGCAACGCCCAAUCCAUGUCAUCGCUUCCGACAACUCCCUCCAGCAGAUUACGUGGAGAUAAUAGCGGCCUGCUACCGUCGGUGAACCUAGUGGCGCAGACGGAGCCGAGAUCUCGCUAUUCACAGCGACGGUUUGUCCCCACAACACCGCCGUCUCAGAGACAAUCACGGCGAAGAAGACGGGAGAGCACCAUUUCGGCCGAUGACAACGAGGAGCUUGCUCGACAGGCCAUCGAAUCGGUCAAGGCAGUACAAUCACUGUCAACCCAAGAUGCCCCAGAAGGGGUCCCGCUCAGCUCACAAGAGGAUAACGAGCAAGUCCAGGACAGCCAGGCGAGCCAGGCAGCGGCCGAGAUGCUACGUCGGCACCCCAGCCAGGGAUACAAGGCGCCGUCAUCCCGGGAUGGCACGGCAGGACCGGCGGAGAAAUCUGCAGCAAUGCACGCCAAGCUUUUCGCGGGCAGUAAAACGGCAACUGGGGCUGAGAAGCGCAAACUGACGGCCGAGGGAGAGGCCGGAGCCGAUGAGAUGGAAAGUCCGCAGAAGAAGCUGAGGGCUGGCGGAGCAGCAUCAGAAAGCCGCCGCCUCGCCGCCGUCCUCUCCAAAGCACCCUCCGACAUCGUCAUCCUCUCCUCCCUCCGCACGCCCAUAUGCCGCUCCUACAAGGGCCACCUCAAGGACGCCUACCCGGAGGAGCUGCUCUCCGCCGUCCUCAAGGCCACCCGCCUCGCCGUGCCCGAGAUGGACCCGGCGCUCGUCGACGACGUCGGCGUGGGCGUCGUGCUGUCCGAGCUGGGCGGCUCCAAGGCCGGCCGCAUGGCGCUCAACCACGCUGGCUAUCCGAACAGCACGAGCCUCUUCACGGCGAACCGCGCGUGUGCCUCUUCGCUGCAGAGCAUUUCGUUGGUGGCGGCGGAGAUUCAGAAUGGGAUGGUGGAUGUUGGUAUUGGGGCGGGCAUGGAGAGCAUGACGCGGAAUUACGGGAGCAAGGCCGUGCCGGUGGACGUUUGGCCUGCGCUGAGGACAUCUGAGGCGAAGCAUGUGAGGGACUGCGUCAUGCCGAUGGGCCUCACGUCGGAGAACGUUGCGGAGCGGUACGGCGUGGACCGCGGGAUUCAGGACCAGGUCGCUGCGGAAUCACACGUUCGGGCGGCGCGGGCGAGAGAUGCCGGAUGGUUCGACUCGCAGAUUGUGCCGGUCACGACGCGCUUCCAGGAGGUGGACAAGCAGGGUAACAAAGUGGGCGAGGAGCAGCAGAUCACUGUUACUCGCGAUGAUGGCAUCCGCACGGGCGUCACGGCCGAGGCGCUGGCCAAGCUGAAGCCGGCGUUCAAGCCCGACGGCAAGAGCACCGCGGGCAACUCGAGCCAGAUCUCCGACGGCGCGGCGGCGACGCUGCUGAUGCGCCGGAGCACCGCCACGGAGCUCGGCCUGAGCGGGAGGAUCAUGGGAAAGUUUGUCGGUGCGACGACGGUCGGGUGCGAUCCCGACGAGAUGGGCAUCGGCCCUGCGCUGGCGAUCCCGAAACUGUUGAACCGGCUGGGAUUGAAGAAGGAAGAUGUUGAUCGCUGGGAGAUUAACGAGGCGUUUGCGAGCCAGGUCGUUUAUUGCUUGCGAGAGCUUGGGCUGAUGGAGGCGUGGGAGAAGGGUAAAGUGAAUCCUGACGGAGGAGCGAUUGCGCUGGGACACCCGCUGGGAGCGACGGGGGCGAGGAUGACGAGCACGUUGAUGCAUGGGCUGGCGAGGCAGGGGGGCGAGGUUGGUGUUGUGAGCAUGUGUGUUGGCACGGGUAUGGGCAUGGCGGGAUUGUUUGUGCGGGAAUAG